GCGUCAUAUUACUCCAUCAAAGCCACAAACUACAGUACGAUACAACCUCAAGAUAAAAUGUUUUCAAUACGACCGCUGUCAAUUUAAUACUUUGUGAUAGCUGAGGUCAUUCGAACUACAUUUCUGCUUGAUUGCAACUUCAGCGAGACUUACAAAAUUCCCAUUAUCGUGGCAAUGACGUCGUCUUCUGGCCCCGCAAGACCGGUAUCGCCGAAUAGCUUCUAUGCUUUGAGCGACGACGAGGAGGGGGAUUAUAAUACAGUCACAUAUACAGAAUCGGGGAGAGGGGUCAAACUACUAUUCUCCAAGAGCAAGGUUUAUAUUCAUCCUACUCCAUCUGCGAAAGAUAACAUACCCGGAUACAUAGCUCUAUUGCAACAGAAGUUAACUCCAGAUUCGCGCCCCACAUCUUCCUCCUCUAAAGAUGCAAAAUCUAAGACCUCCGCCUCCUUACUCCUGGCAUGGCUUCCAGAAUCAUCUCUUGGGGAUUCCUUGAAUUCAUAUGUGAAGGUCGAUCUUGCAGAAGGCGAUUCUCCACCUAAACAAUCAUAUCUCGUACCACCUCCUCCAACAACCACCACCCAUUCUGGAUCCGUCGGUCAUUAUGCCUUCGCCAUACCCGUCUCGCAGGUUUAUAGCCUUCUCGUGCGACCACCGAGCUUAGGAUGGUGGUUUGGAAGUGUCAUAAUAAACUCUCGAGCAGGAGAUUCCUUCCCUGCACUAUUCUUUCACGACUCGGAAUGUCAAUCUACAAUCUUACAAAAGAAGAAGAGGACGAGGGAAUCAUUCGAUCCAUUUGGCGCGAAUGGAGAGAUGUUUUGGGGUGGCGAUGAGGUGUUAAGGUGGCUGAGACGAUAUGUUGAUAUUGAAAGAAGUGGUGCAGAACCUAAUAUCUACUUGGUGGAACCUUCGGCCGAAGAUAAGGAAGCGUUUGGAGACAAGCCAGUCACAUCUGCGCCAGUGAGGAGACCAUCAAGUAGUGGUACCAGAGUUGGAAGUGCUGCUGGCGCUGGUUCGAGUGCAUAUAGAAGUGCGCAGAGAGACGCUGGGAUGGAUCCAGUUACAAAGUUUGUGAAGGAAGCAGGAUGGAAUCUGAUGGAGAAGUUUAGUAAGGUUACGACAUUCACGAGAAGGACGGCCGAUUCAAUUGUUGAAAAUCCUAAAGUACCUCCACAGGUUAGGAGGUUCAUGAAGAACCCGGAAGUUCAAACAAUACAAGAGGAGUUUGAUAGUGCUAGGAUAUACUUAGCGCGAUGGGCUAUGGGUAUCGCAGAGCAAAGUGAAAGGGAUAAGAAUCAGAGAAUAUGGACAGCAAGGGAUGUCUUGGAAAUGGAGGAAACAGAUGUCGGCGAAUUCGAGUUAUUGGAAACGGAGAUGGGUUCUUUGACUAUAAGGGAACAGAGGAAACCCGUAACGUCUGGAGAAUGGAACAAGUUUUUCGAUCAAAGGACUGGCAGAUUAUCUGUUACCGUAGAUGAGGUUAAAGAAAGGAUAUUUCAUGGUGGACUCGACCCAGAAGAUGGAGUUAGAAAAGAGGCCUGGUUGUUCUUGCUCGGUGUUUAUGAAUGGGAUUCCUCAGCAGAUGAAAGAAAAGCCGUGAUGGCAGCAUUACGAGAUGAGUAUGUGAAAUUGAAAGGUGCUUGGUGGGACCGUUUGGUCGACUUGGGUGGUGAAGGAGAGGAAGGGGAAUGGUGGCGAGAACAGAAAAAUCGGAUAGAGAAAGAUGUUCAUAGGACGGAUCGUAACAUCCCAUUAUACGCAGGAGAGGAUACGCCACAUCCAGACCCGAACUCACCAUUUGCUGAUGUGGGUACCAAUGUUCACUUGGAGCAAAUGAAAGAUAUGCUUCUAACCUAUAACGAAUACAAUCGCGACCUCGGUUAUGUACAAGGCAUGUCCGAUCUUCUCGCUCCAAUAUAUGCUGUCAUGCAAGACGAUGCUAUCGCUUUCUGGGGGUUUCAACAUUUCAUGGAGCGUAUGGAACGUAACUUUCUCCGGGAUCAAUCAGGAAUGCGUUCUCAGCUUCUCACUCUCGAUCACCUUGUCCAACUCAUGGAUCCUAAGCUUUAUCUCCACCUUCAAAGCGCAGAUAGUACUAAUUUCUUUUUCUUCUUCCGCAUGUUGCUCGUCUGGUAUAAGCGUGAAUUUGCAUGGUUGGACGUUCUACAUCUUUGGGAGGUAUUAUGGACAGAUUAUUUGAGUCAAGAGUUCCAUCUCUUCAUUGCUUUAGCAAUUUUAGAAAAGCAUAGAGAUGUUAUCAUGACACAUUUGCAACAUUUCGAUGAAGUAUUGAAAUAUGUUAAUGAAUUAUCCAAUCAGAUAGAUUUGGAAUCCACUCUUGUUCGUGCAGAGGCAUUAUUCCGUCGCUUCCAGAGAACAGUUGAGGCUAUUGAUAAAAAGUCAAAUUUCCCAAAGCCAUCUAUUAGACACCGUGUUACUCAAGGUACACAAGUUGCUGAGCCAUCUGGCUCUGUCAGCGCAUCAAGAGGUACAGAUAUGGGGGGUGGUACAAUCGAGGGUGCAAGAAAAGACAAAGGAAAGCAGCCAACUAAUGGGGAAUUGGAAGACAUGCCUGAGAGACCAAAGGUGAUUAGCAAGGAGCUGAGAGAAUUAUUAAGUAGGAAGGUGAUGAUCUUGCCUAGGAAGGUGGUUAGGAGAGAAGGAGAGGGUUUGGCCAAGGUGCAGAAACAAUAGUAAGGUUAUGGGAAGGGAAUAUGGCAAAGGAAAUAUGGAUCAGGCGUUUAGGUCACGCAUUAUACGCUCUAUGAGUUUUUAAGUUGCAGUAUUUUGGACGGCGGUGGAUUGGAAGUCUUCAAGGGCCAUGCGGGUACUUUCAUAUUUUUGUCGAAUGGAAAUGAAUUUUUAUAACAUCUCAGUCAUUCUAGUGUUAUAAAUGCGAAUCAUAUCAUCAC